AUGAAACUUGCGCUCUUUGGAAUACAUGGCAUAGCUGUUGUUCUUGAAAACAAAUUCAAAAAUAUUGAAUCACAGUGGAUAGGUCGAGUGUCGUUGGUUCGUGCUGCCCUACUCUUUGGCAGACGAGAACCUGUCAUGCCGAUAAUGGCAUAUGCCUGGGCUUCUUGUACAUCCCGAGUGAUAUAUGGUAAAAGUUUAUUUGUAGAUGACUGA